CUCCCCCUCUCUCUCUCUCGUUCUUCUCCUUCCUUAGGCGUGGAAUUUGGCUUUGAUUACUUUCUCUCUCUAAAACCAUCAAGCACUCAGCAACACUACCCCCAUGUCUCCAUCCUUUCUUCUUAUUUCCUUCACACCAGAGCGCUUUAACACACUCCUUGACCUUGCUCGGGCAAAAAUGGCCAUGCCAUUCUUCUUUUGCAUAAUCAUUCGUACCUAUCUCUCCCUUUAGUCUCUCUUUCUCUCUCUCCUCUUCUUUGUUUCAUGAUUCUCACAGAGUACUCCAACCCCAUUAAAUCCCUUUUGCAUCAGUACUAUUUGAAGCAGACAAGAAAGGCCAAGUAAUUGAUAGCCUCCAUUUCACAGUCCCCUGUUUCUCUGCUGCUUCUCUUUCCUCACUCCUUCACUUUCAUCGCUUUGGCUUCUUCUUCUCUAAAAAGAAACAAGAUCACCAAUGGAGAAAUGGGAUCGUCAUAAACGGCACAACAGAGAAAACCCAUCUUUCUCUUCCACUCUUCUCGACUCAAUUUACAGAUCCAUUGAAGCAGAGGAGAAGCAACAAGACCACCUCGUGUUUUACAGAGACAAGAGCGUGAUGAGGAAGCAGAAACAGAGCAGCAACGUCACCACCAACAGCCUCAAGAACUUCUUCGAUGACGCCGAUGUCGGAGAAACUAAGAAACCACCCAAUUUCGUCGGAAUUCUUUGACGGAGUUCGAUCGAAGAAGAAGUCAGAGUCCUGGUACAAAAUGCAGAAACCGAAGCCGAUUCGAACCAGUAUUUCUUCAUCGGUUCGGCCUCAAAGUUCAAGCUCUGAAGUUCCUAACAACUUCAGGACCCAUUCUGAUCAAACCCAGAAGCCGAAUAGCGAGAAAAACAGUUCCGGGAAAGCAAAGUCCAAAGCUUUGAAGAUCUUGUAUGGCGACUUGAAGAAAGCGAAGCAACCCAUCUCUCCAGGUGCGAGACUCGCCAGCUUUCUCCAUUCUCUCUUCAAUUCGAGUGGGAAUACAAAAAAGACAAAAUCAUCGACCGUGUCGAAUUCUCACGAACCCAAGGUACCACAACCUUCGACUUGUUCUUCGGCUUCUUCGUUCUCGAGGUCAUGCUUGAGCAAAACCCCAUCAUCCAGAUCUGGGACUAAGAGAUCAGUGAGGUUUUGCCCUGUUAGUGUGAUAGUGGAUGAAGAUUGCAGGCCAUGCGGGCAAAAGAACAUUCUGCGAGAAGAUGAUCAAGAGAAGAAGAGAAAUCACAAUAAUGAGGAGCUAAGGUUCCAUGUGAUGAAGGAGAGUCGAAGAGUGGAAGAGUUUGCGAGAGAGUUAUUAUUGAAGACGAAGAUCAUGAAGAAGAAAGAACAGGAAUUUGACAUGAAGUAUGGGGCUGGAGACGACGACGAAGAAGAGGACGAUGAUGGAGUUAGUUGUUCAAGUUCUGAUCUUUUUGAAUUGGAUAAUCUGUCCUCUAUUGGGAUUCGAAGGUAUAGAGAGGAAUUGCCAGUGUACGAAACCACUCAUUUCGAUACUAAUCGAGCCAUUGCCAACGGCUUCAUUAUGUAAUUUUGAAAACUAGAAUAUAUAUUAACUCUCUAAUUAGAAUGUUAAUCGUGUGGGGGCUUUACAGUUCUGAUCAUAAUAAGAUCUCUCUUUUGGUA